AUGUCAUUUUUUGAUCUCUUGGCUUGCGGAGCAAGCAAGAUUUCAAUUUUUUCAGGUAAGGUCUAAAUAGGCAUAUUUAAAGGCAAAGGAGAAGAAGCUCAAAAACCAACCCCCAAGCCUCCUAGCAUGUUUAAUGGUUUAGACAUAAAAGAUUCAGCUCCUAACUUCCCCUCCAUUUUGGUGAAUAAAACCCACUUAAAUUUAAACAAUUUUUUUUCAUUAUGAAAAAUUUUUAUCUUAAAAUAAAAUUUCACAGGAACAGAAUUUUAUGUUCAAAUUUAAAGGGGGGAGUAAGCCUUUUCCUGGCCAAGAGGGAGGAUUUUCACUAUCAAUGCCUGAGGACGUGACUUCGACUAGUUUUAAUAAAAAUAAUACCAACCAAGCCAGCAUUUUUUCACAUCAAAAAUCUGCAAAGCUAAGCAAAGGACCAAAAGCACCAAUCGUAGUUAAAAAAGAUUCGAGAUCCAAAAUAAUUAAAAAGGAUUUUGAUCCCUUUGCAGAUCUCGAAAUAAAACCUGUAGAAAGUAUUGCAAAAACUAAUAAUUCAGAAAAAGAAAGUAUGAGUGAAAAAAUUAAGAAAAACAAGCCUUUAUCUGCUAUUUUUGAAGAAAGAAAAUCAGAGCAUACUGAUGAGCCUGAAAAUUCGAUUAAAUUACUAAAAAAUCGAGAAUAUGUCAAACCAGCUGAAGAAAAUACAUUAGAAAAGCCGAAAGCAGAAAUCAAAGCACAAAGUGAAGAGCCUAGAGGUGAAAAUAGAAUUGCAAAGCUAGUUGAAGAAAAGCGUAAAAAGGAGCAGUUGGAAAAGAAAUUGAAAGCAGAAGAAGAAAAAAAUAAGCUUGAACAAGAAAAAAGGGAAAAAGAAUUGUAUGAGAACCCUGAGAGCUUAAAAGAGUCAAUUAAGUCAAAAAACAAUUCUUUUAAUGUUGAGUUCAAAGAAAAAACCAAAGAGCAAGAAGCCAUUUAUUCUGAGCAGGCAAAUUUAAAUAAAGAAAUCUUGCAAGACAAGGAAAAAAUUAAAGAACUUGAAGUACUAGAAGAAAAGUCAGCAGACUCAGAAGAAUUCGAAAAAGCUGCACAAUUUCAUAGAGAAAUUGAAACAAUAACUCAACAAAUUAAACAAAAAGAAGAGAAAGUCCAAGAAAAUCGAAAUAAAUUUAACAAGCUUGAUGCAGAAAAGAGUGAAAUUUACUCAAGACAACUAAAAUGGCUGAAUGAGACCUGCAGUAAAAAUGAAUAUUAUAAUUCAGAAUUCGAAAAAUCUAUCCAAUCAUUAAAAGAAUACAGUGAAGGACUUAGAAAAGACCUCGUUGAAAAAAUAGAAAAUAGCCACAAAGAAAUCGAGGAGAAAGAAGCUGAAUUACAAGAGCAAGAUCAAAUUGCCCAAGAAAACUGGAAAAGUUUGCAAGAAAAAAUUGAGUUAAAAACACAAUCAGUAAAAGAAGAAAAAGAAAAGCUAAGCUCUGAGCUGAAAGAAUUAGAAACAGAAAUAGAAGAUCUCUUGAAAAUUAUUGCGGAAAAAAAAGCGGCAGCAAAAAAUCUUAAAAAUGGGAUAAAAGAACUAGAUGCCAAACUAUCAGAAGAACUUCAAGAAUUCAGUGAUGAUUUGUCAAUUUCGAUAGAAGAAAAAAAGUUUAUUGAGGCAGAGACUCAAAAUUUGCUUAUAAAAAAAGAAAAUCUCAAAUCUGAACAAGAGUCUUUACAGAAAGAAGUUGAGUUAACACAAAGUAAAAUAGAAAUGCAUACAAACCAUAUAGAAGCUUUAAAGGCGCUAAAAUCUUUCUUACUACCCAUUGGCUAUUAACUCCCCCCCCCCUCCGUGAGUGAACAAAACCAUUAGAAAAAUCGCCAUUUUUUGCCUAAAAACCCACCCUCCGUGAGUGAACAAAAUUUUUUUUAAUAGAAAAAUUUUUUAUGGAAAAAAAUUUUGAUAUAUAAGUGAUAAUUAGUAUAAUGAAAUCUAGAGCUAAUUCUGUUUAAUUUUUAAACGAAUUGCUUUUUAAAACAUAAAUUUUAUAAAUUAAAUUAAUAUUUGCUUUCCAAUUUUCGCGAAUUAGGAUUUUUUUAAAAUUUCGAAAAAAAAUAUUUUUUUUAUAAAAUUUAAAUAUAAAUAUUUUUAAAAAAAAAAAUUUAACCCCCCUCCGUGAGUGAACAAAAUUUUUUUGUUCACUCAUGGAGGGGGGAGGGAGUAAGUAAAAUUAUUAGAAAAUUCCUAUUUUUGAUAAAAUUAGCACCUUUUCAUUGCUGACCAAAAAUUUUUUAUAAUUAAUAGUUAUGAUAAUGAGGCCAUAUCUAUAAUUUCUCACAAUUUUUAUAUAGUCUUUAAAGAAAAAUUUUUAAAGUAAAAUUGCAUCCCUUACAAGCAAGAAAAUUUUCAGUCACAAGAGGUGGUGAGCUAGAAACUGAAAAACAAAUAAUCCAAAAUUCUAUUAAGGAACGAGAGGAAACUCUUCAAAAAAUUUCUGAAUAUGAGAUUAUCGUAAAAGACAAAGAAAAAGGUUUUAAUGAUGCUCAAGAUGCUUACAAUAAGAAAAUUGCAGAAAUUGAAGAAAUUCUUAAAGCUAUCUCUCUUGAAGAAGAACAACUUAAAGAAAUCGGAAAUAAAAUCCCUGCUUUGGAAAUUGAGAAAAAAAACGCAGCUACUUUAAAGCAAUUCACUGUAAACUUAAAUUAGGAAGCUGCAAAAAUUGCAAACGAAAUUAAAGAUUUAAUCAACGAGCAGGCCAAGAAGAAAAAUGAUACCGAUGUGCUAAAAGAAGAACUAGUCGAACAAAAAACUCAGCUGUUCGAAGUAAGGAUUAUUUAGGAUGAAAAAUUAAUAGAGCAAUUAAGAGAUGACUUAAUAAAAGAACAAAUUGUGUUAGAUAGUGCUAAAGAAACCCUAUUGCAUACUGUGGCACAUACAAAGGUUUCAUUUGAUUAG